AUGAAAUAUGAUGUCAAAUACGAUGAAACAAGUCCCCAAUCACCGGACACCUGGCCCGAUUCAAUCAGGGUUGAAAGCCGCAAUGAACAAUUGGGAUCGACGCGGAGAGGCCUCAAGGGUCGACACAUCCAACUCAUUGCGCUAGGUGGUACGAUUGGAACUGGCCUUUUCGUGGGUUCAGGCGCAACAUUGGCUCAAGCCGGGCCUGCUUCUUUGUUGAUAUCCUACGUCAUUAUGUCGGCUCUUGUUUGGAUUGUUAUGCUUGACCUUGCCGAAAUGACAUCCUACAUGCCAAUCAAGUCUCUGACCGUUCCAUAUCUGGUUGAUCGAUUUGUGGACAAGAGCUUGGCUUUUGCAACAGGAUGGAAUUACUGGAUUGCGUACACAAUGAUUCCCGGGGCCGAGGCUACAGCUGCGGCGGUUGUCCUCGAGUAUUGGACGAGCGCGGUGCCAACUGUGGUCUGGAUCACAAUUGUCCUCGCGGUCAUUCUAUUGCUGAACCUGGUUGCCGUCGCGAUUUUCGGAGAGACCGAGUUUUGGUUCGCCUCGAUCAAAAUCCUGGCCAUAAUCGGUCUGAUUAUCCUCGGGGUUGUGCUCUUCUUUGGAGGAGGGCCAGAUCAUGAUCGAAUUGGAUUCCGGUACUGGCAAGACCCCGGAGCGUUCCGUGAGCGCCUUGUUCCGGGGACUACGGGGAAGUUUCUUGGGGUUUGGAGCGCGUUGGUCAAGGCCGGAUUCUCCUACAUCUUGUCGCCGGAGCUCAUCACAACAACGGCUGGAGAAUGUCAAGCGCCUCGACGAAACAUUCCCAAAGCGGCACGCAGAUACAUCUACAGGCUUAUCUUCUUCUACGUGAUAGGUGCCCUAGUAAUUGGUGUCCUCGUUCCGUAUAAUGACCCACGCCUUCUGGGAACGUCCAAUGCCUCUGCGAGUCCGUUCGUCCUGGCCAUCAAGAACUCCUCGAUCCCAGUUCUCGAUCAUGUUCUUAAUGCCGUGAUUCUAACAUCGGCUUGGAGUUCUGGAAAUUCGAUGUUAUAUGCCGGAUCGCGAUUACUCUAUGGAAUGGCGUGCAAUGGUGACGCGCCAGCCAUCUUCAAGAGAUGUAAUAGGUUGGGGAUUCCCUACAUGGCAGUCUUGGCUUCCUUCUGUCUCGGCUUGCUAGCAUAUCUUAAUGCUUCCAGUGGCGGCGCUGAGGUCUUCAACUGGUUGGCGACUGUCACGACGGUUAAUGGCCUGUUGAGCUGGUCUGUUGUGCUGUUUACAUACUUGCGCUUCCGCAAGGCGGUGCAAUACUAUGCAAUUUCAAAACGUCUCCCUUUCAAAAGUCCGUUCCAGCCAUACUCCACGUAUAUCUCGCUCGCCGGCAUGGUUCUUCUUUGCAUCACCAAUGGCUUCGCCAACUUUAUCCCUGGCAACUUCUCAACUGCGAACUUCCUCACCUCCUACAUUACGAUUCCCAUCUUUGUUCUAGUAUACCUUGGGCACAAAUUCUUCUACGACAAGGGUCCAUGGGUCCGCUCAGAGAAGGAAAUAGAUGUCUUCAGCGGGCUGGAUGAAGUGGACGAGGUAACUGCCAGAGACAUUGAGCCAAUUCCCAGCGGAGUAUUUCAAAAGAUCUGGUUUUGGAUUUGCUAG